CCCCAGUUUCAGGCUGCCGCACUGGCUGCUGCUGCGUCUAGUCUAGUUGGUGUCUUCAGAGCAGAAAUCAGGAGCCAUUCACAGUCCACACAGGCCCCUUACUGGGGUGAGAAGCAGUGUUUAGCCCUCAAUGCCUCUGCCUGCCUGCCUUUCUGCUGAAGAUUAGGGUCUGUUCUGGCCCAGUUUCUGUGGAGGUUGUAGGAAGUCGGGACUGUACUGUUGGAUACGGUACUGAACUGAGUGGCUUUUCAAGGCAACAGCAUGGAGUCCCUCUUCCCUGCCCCAUUUUGGGAAGUCUUGUACGGCAGCCACUUUCAGGGCAACCUGUCCCUCCUAAAUGAGACUGGACCCCACCACCUGCUGCUCAAUGCCAGCCAUGGUGCCUUCCUGCCCCUUGGGCUCAAGGUCACCAUUGUGGGGCUCUACCUGGCUGUGUGCAUCGGGGGGCUGCUGGGGAACUGCCUCGUCAUGUACGUCAUCCUCAGGCACACCAAGAUGAAGACAGCUACCAACAUUUACAUCUUUAACCUGGCCCUGGCUGAUACCCUGGUCCUGCUGACACUGCCCUUCCAGGGCACAGACAUCCUGCUGGGCUUCUGGCCAUUUGGAAAUGCACUGUGCAAGACUGUCAUUGCCAUUGACUACUACAACAUGUUCACCAGCACUUUCACUCUGACUGCCAUGAGUGUAGACCGCUAUGUGGCCAUCUGCCACCCUAUCCGUGCCCUUGAUGUUCGUACAUCCAGCAAAGCCCAGGCUGUUAAUGUGGCUAUAUGGGCUCUGGCUUCAGUAGUUGGUGUUCCUGUUGCCGUCAUGGGAUCAGCACAGGUGGAGGAUGAAGAGAUUGAAUGUCUGGUGGAGAUUCCUGCCCCCCAAGACUACUGGGGCCCUGUGUUUGCCAUCUGCAUCUUCCUCUUUUCCUUCAUCAUCCCCGUGCUGAUCAUCUCUGUCUGCUAUAGCCUCAUGAUUCGGCGGCUCCGUGGCGUCCGUCUCCUCUCAGGCUCCAGAGAGAAGGACCGGAACCUGCGGCGUAUCACACGAUUGGUGCUGGUGGUAGUGGCUGUGUUUGUGGGCUGUUGGACACCUGUACAGGUGUUUGUGCUGGUCCAAGGACUGGGUGUUCAGCCAGGUAGUGAGACCACAGUGGCCAUCUUGCGCUUCUGUACAGCCCUAGGCUAUGUGAACAGUUGUCUCAACCCCAUACUCUAUGCUUUUUUGGAUGAGAACUUCAAAGCCUGCUUCCGCAAGUUUUGCUGUGCUUCAACCCUGCACCGGGAGAUGCAGGUUUCUGACCGCGUGCGCAGCAUUGCCAAAGAUGUGGGUCUUCCCUGCAAGACCUCUGAGACAGUACCACGGCCGGCAUGACUAGGCGUGGACCUACCCAUGGUGCCUGUCAGCCCACAGAGCCCGUCUACACCUAAUACAGAGCUCACACAGGUCACUGCUCUCUAGGCUGACCUGAGUUUAAGCAUCUGGAGCCUUGAAAGGCUUUCCUUUUGGCUCAGGACAUUCAGUCCUUGAGGGAUACUUCAUAACACCAUGGGUCAGGUCAAAGCAUUAGGGUGGCCUCCAUGGCUUCUGUCAGACUAAGCUGCCCUCCUGGUACAGGACCAGAGAGGACAAAAGGACACUUCCUGGAAGUAUCCAUAGCAUAGCAGAUAUGAGUCCAUGUAGGUAUUCAUACUUUUCCUGACUCUUCUUUGACUUUUCCCUGCUGGGACAGCUAAGCUCUGGCUCUGGGUGGACUCAACCUAAGGUUCAAUAGUGGCUGUGUGGUCACGUGCACACCAUGUGCUGUACAUUGUUGCUCUUAGCCUUGUAAUGUCUUCUCAGAACCGCUAUACAUAUUAGUGUUGCCUGGGAGUGGAGUGGGGAGCAUUUCUUUGCAAUGGGACUGGUCCUAAGCUUGGAGCUGUCUCAGAGCAUAUGCUAGCUCUGACUCCACUGGUGCAGCCAGGUUACCUGAGGUGAGUGGGCAUCAGUGGGUUUUUAAAUGGCUAUUUUCUGAAGAUUCUUCCCAUUCUGCACCAUGGAAGCUAUGGGGGUGGGGGUGAACUUGGCACUGCUUCUACUUGCUCUGCCUGACUGUAGCUCCAACCUGGGCCACCUUCUCUGCAAGAGGCCAACAAGAACAAGACCCAGAGACUUUCCCUCCAAAAGCAUUGUGAAUUCUCACACCAUAGACUGCUUGGAAAGCCCUGCUUCUGGGUGUAUAGGAGGUACUGAGGAGGAAGUUGCUGUGUGGCCUCUGUGGACUGCUUACAAAAUGGAGGCAUUGUGUGCUGGCCUUGGCUGCAUGGUAAGGGCAGGGCAGGAGAAUAUGCUCCGUCCUCAGGUCCCUACAGCCUCCCAUGGCUCUCCUUCACAGUCUCUCUUUUGCUUGAUAUCAGAGUCAACAGUGGUACCACUAGAAGCUUGGUAGCCUGGGAAGGGUGGCAGUCAGGAUGUGUUCAGCUCUGUACGAACAGUGACCAUCUGCUUCAUUUACAGGCCUCAGGGCAUAUUUGGGUAAGGCCUGCGCUUGCCGCCAAAUUGGAGAUUGGCUUCACAUGGAGAACUGAUGUGAGUGCUAAGGCCUACAAGGGCUUGUUUGAGCCACACUGAAAAGACCAUUAGGGCUUUGGAGACAUUGGAGGAGUCUCUGUACCUUGGGGGCACUCUGGUGUAGUAAUUCAGAGAGACUUUGUAAAUAUCCUUCCUGUGGAUUAGCUACCAAAAUAUUAGUAACCUCAAAUAGACUUUGCUCUUCUACUAAGACCUUUGUCAGGUGACUUCCCAUAGUGUAGAGCCUGGGCUGGCUUCUGUCUUAGGGAGACCUGGCUUUAGCAGUCUUCCUGGGGAAGCCAGGACUCUUUCUGUAACACUUAGGUGGGAGCCACUGGCUGUAGUGUUUUCUUGCCAAGACUGGAAAUGUGAAUUUAUACAUCGUUAUGUAUUUAAGCAUGCAACAAAUGUCAUUUCAGUGCAUGUAGCCAGCCCUGAACCUACCUCUGAGGUAAUGAAGGAGGGCCAUAAUAAACACUUGC